GCCAAUGGCAAUGUCCAUGAAGCAACGAGGUCGCUGUGCCUUCACUCCCAUUCUUUGCUCCACUUGUGAAGAAGCAAUCUAUAAUUGACCCAAUGAUGCAGCAUCACCAAAUAUAAAGACAAAGCUCACAACAACCCAUCGUGCCUGUCAGUUGGAUAUAGAGAUGAGAAAAAAAGUUGGACCAAUUCAUUCUUCAGUGUGCCUUUUCUCCUGUGCCUGAGUGAUGCUCCGCCUGCAGUGUGUGAGCCUGUGCCUCAGAAGGCUUCUCCACAGUGGGACAAUCAACAGGGAUUUGGUUUUGGAGCAACUGCGUGUUUGCUGCAUUGAAGACCAUGUUUUUGAUGUUGUGGGAAAGAAUAAGGCAAAACUUAAUGUUGAUCAUGUUAGUAUGGCUGUGGGGAUGCUGUGGCAGUUUCAGAAAGAGAAACCACAGUUGCUCCGUACUGUCGAUCUCAUUAAGAGUCAUCCACAGUUUUUGACUCUGCGAGUUUUAGCAGAGAACAAAAUUACUCAAAUGGACAACUUGAUGUUGAUUGACACACUCUAUAGCUUUCUUAGAUUAAACGUGGAUCAACAUGACUCACUUAUUCAGCAGCUCGUGUCAGAAGCAUGGUUGCGUCUGAACAAACUUUCAAUGGCAUCUCUGUCCAAGUUUUCAAUCUGUCUUAGUGAUCAGCAUUUACAGCACAGCCCUCUUAUGGGACACAUCACAAACAUCAUGGCUCAAAAGCUGUUAACAAUUGAUGAUGCAAGGAUUUUGACAAUUUUGAUGAUCAGUGUGUCCUCCUUGGUGUCUCCAUCUCUGCGAGAUGCUCUCAUAACAAGGAUAGAUCAUUUACUGGAUACCACGGACCCGACAAAUUAUAAUAACCCACGAAGAGUAGUUCAGUUUCUACGGAACAUCAAGUACAGCCACCGGCCAUUGCUUGAGAAAUGUAACCAAAUCCUUUUGAUAAACAUACCUAGGAUGAAUGCAGAGAAUAUCAGCAUCAUCAUGGGCCUCUAUCAGUCGCUACAAUUCAAUAACUGUGAAUUCAGGCUAGCUGCUAAACAAAGACUCACUGAACUCAUUGAUUCAAGCACUGACCCAUUCUCUUUCACCAAGCUGUUUGUUACUUUGGCUCCCUUAGCCAGUCCAGAGAUAAGAGAAGGGUUGGAAAAUACUGCUCUCUUAUUGGCGGAUGAGUUUAAUGCACAACAGGCAUUGGCUAUUGCUGAAGGAUUAGAAGAGAUUCAGAGCAGAAACCUUAGUCUCAUGAACAAAAUUGUUGCAGUAAUACAGAGAAACCUUCAUGUCUACAGACCAGUUGAAGUGGCCAGAAUCACACAAGCACUCUUUCUUCUACAGUAUCAAAACCCUGAGCUGUAUACAAAACUAAGAAUGAUUUUGACAAACUUCUUACAGGAUAGUGUCUUUCCCUAUGAAGUGACGAUGCUUACCCGUGUGUUAUCGUUGUUGCCUUCUCCUCGUGUGGACGAGAGCCUUAUUGCACGAAUAGAGGACGUGGUGCCUCAGUGUAACCUCAGCGACCUCAACACUAUCGCCCAUGCUGUUGCCAAGUGGGUUCGCAAUGAUGCAUCUUACCGCCACAACACUCCUAGUAAGUACGUCCGCCUACUGCAAGCUCUGAACCGCUCCGGCCAUGAGAGACUCCAAACAGCUGAACGACUUGACCUGUUGCUGGAGGAGCUAAAGUAUGUGUCAGGGGAGUGGUUUGAGGAAAUGUUGCUUGAAGAUACAAUGGUUACACUCAAAAGAAUGAUGGAUCAAAUAAACUGGACAAAUGUACCAGAGCUAAGCCUGUUUCUGACAAGAAUAAAUCAUCUCAGCCCUCCACUAAUGGAACGCAUUGCUGAUGUUGUCAUUGAAGAUAUUGAUAAGUUUCAUUACUCUGCAACCUAUGCUACCCUGCUUCCAUUUUCUGUCCUGAACUAUGAUACUGUCAAAGCAGAUGAAAUGUAUGAGGCCUGUAUUGGGCACUUUACUCCACAUAUCAGUUUGUUUGACCCACAUCUACUUGUUCUUCUGGCGUACUCCUUGGCGGUGGCUGACUGUUUUCCUGAAGAACUUAUCAAAGAAAUUUUCAGCAUUGACUUUUUGGGAAAACUUGAUUCCCAAUUAGAAACUCUUCCUGAUGCUCUCAAUAUGCGUGUACGGCUGCGUUUGAUGGAGCUGAAUCGAGCUGUGUGCCUGGAGUGUCCAGAGUAUCAGGUGCCUUGGUUUCAUGAGCGUUACUGUCAGCGGUUUCAGAAAAAAGGUAAUGGGUCAAUCAACCCUCUACAGCAGCAGAUUCACAAAAUGCUCGGAGAAGUCCUUGGCGGAAUUAACUAUGUCAGAAUAGCUGUGCUCACUCCUUAUUUCUACACUGUUGAUUUCGAAUGCAUACUGGACAAGGAACUUAAACCACUGCCUUAUGUUGAGUCAAGUGCACUACCUAUUCCCAGCACAGGGCAGGUUCAGUGGGGGGACUCGCACUCUAACAAAAGGGACGAGCUGCCCCCUGGUGCUCAGAGACUUGCUGUGGAUUUUCUUGACUCAAAGUCAUUCUGUAAAAACUCUCGUAACAUGAAAGGAGAAACCUUGAUGAGAAAAAGGCACCUGGAGAUUUUGGGAUAUUGCGUUAUUCAGAUUCCUCACUUUGAAUGGAAUUCUAUGGAGCUGUCAACGGCAGAUGCUUGGAAGAAUUAUUUAAAAAAGAAAAUAUUUAGGGAAUGUUCUUUAUAACGAACAUAUUUCUAGAAUGUUACAUCUUGUUUGGAA